GGCACGCGGACGGAGGUGACCGGCGGCUUUCUGAGCCCAGGUGGAGACACAGGCGCAUGUGGGCGCUUCGGUCCCUGUGGCGGUCGGUAGCCGGGCGCACCAUGUCGCAGGGACCGGCGCGCCGCCAGCGGCCGCCCAAGGACCCGCUGCGGCACCUGCGCGCGCGGGAGAAGCGCGGUCCGUCGUGGGGGCCCGGGAGCCCGAACACCGUGUACCUGCAGGUGGUGGCAGCCGGCGGCCGGGACGCGGGCGCUGCCCUCUACGUCUUCUCCGAGUACAACCGGUAUCUCUUCAACUGCGGAGAAGGCGUGCAGCGACUCAUGCAGGAACACAAGCUGAAGGUGGCCCGCCUGGACAACAUAUUCCUGACGCGGAUGCACUGGGCCAACGUGGGGGGCUUGUGCGGAAUGAUCCUUACUUUAAAGGAAACUGGGCUUCCAAAGUGUGUGCUUUCUGGACCUCCUCAGCUGGAGAAAUUCCUAGAAGCAAUGAAAAUCUUCUCUGGCCCACUGAAAGGAAUCGACCUGGCUGUGCGGCCCCACUCUGCGCCAGAAUACACGGAUGAGACCAUGACCGUCCAUCAGGUCCCCAUAUAUGGUGAACGCAAGUCUGGGGAGCGCCAGUCACCGCCGAGUCCAGAAAGGCCCCUGAGCAGGCUCAGUCCACAGCGGUCCUCAGACUCUGGCCCCACUGGAAACGAGCAGCGGCUCCCGGAUGGCAAUGGAGUUAGCCGGAAAGCAGCUGCCAGGGACCCUUCCUUGGUCGUAGCCUUCAUCUGUCAGCUCCACGUGAAGAAGGGGAACUUCCUGGUGCUCAAAGCAAAGGAGCUGGGCCUCCCAGUUGGGACAGCUGCCAUCGCACCCAUCAUUGCUGCUGUCAAGAAUGGGGAAAGCAUCACCUUCGAAGGAAGAGAGAUCUUGCCUGAAGAGCUCUGCACCCCUCCGGACCCUGGCCUGGCCUUUGUCGUGGUGGAGUGUCCAGACGAAGGGUUCAUCCAGCCCAUCUGUGAGAACGCCGCCUUGCAGAGGUACCAAGGAAAGGCUGAUGCACCCGUGGCCCUGGUGGUCCACAUAGCCCCGGAAUCUGUGCUUAUGGACAGCAGGUACCAGCAGUGGAUGGAGAGGUUUGGGCCCGACGCCCAGCACCUGAUCCUGAAUGAGAACUGCACGUCGCUUCACAACCUGCGCAGCCACAAGAUUCAGACCCAGCUCAGCCUCAUCCACCCGGGCAUCUUCCCGCCCCUGGCCAGUCUGCCCUGUCAGGAGGAAGGGCCUGCCCUCAGGGUGCCCGCAGUCCGUGGCGAGUGCCUCCUCAAGUACCAGCUCCGCCCCAGGAGGGAGUGGCAGAGGGACGCCAUCAUUGCUUGCAAUCCUGAUGAAUUCAUAGCUGAGGCCCUGGAGCUCCCCAAUUUCCAGGAGAGAGUGCAGGAAUACAGAAAGAGUGUGCAGGACAGCCCGGCUCCAGCAGAGCAAAGCAGCCAGUACCCAGAAAUCGUCUUCCUCGGCACGGGGUCUGCUAUCCCCAUGAAGAUCCGCAACGUCAGCUCCACACUCGUCAACAUCAGCUCCGACACAUCUCUGCUGCUGGACUGUGGCGAAGGCACGUUUGGGCAGCUGUGCCGCCAUUAUGGAGAUGAUGUGGACAGGGUCCUGGGCACCAUAGCCGCUGUGUUUGUGUCCCACCUGCAUGCAGACCACCAUACAGGCUUGCUGAACAUCCUGCUGCAGAGAGAGCGAGCCUUGGCGUCUCUGGGAAAGCCGCUGCAGCCCUUGCUGGUGGUCGCCCCCACCCAGCUCAAGGCCUGGCUGCAGCAGUACCACAACCAGUGCCAGGAGGUACUGCACCACGUGAGCAUGAUUCCUGCCAAGUGCCUUCAGAAAGGGGCCGAGGUCUCGAAUCCCAUGGUUGAAGGACAGAUCAGUUCGCUGUUGGAAAUGUGCGACUUGGAAGAGUUUCAGACCUGCCUGGUCCGGCACUGCAAGCACGCCUACGGCUGUGCCCUGGUGCACACUUCCGGCUGGAAAGUGGUCUAUUCGGGCGACACCAUGCCCUGUGAGGCGCUGGUCCAGAUGGGGCAGGAUGCUACCCUCCUGAUCCAUGAGGCCACUCUGGAGGACGGGCUGGAGGAGGAGGCGGUGGAAAAGACACACAGCACCACCUCGCAGGCUAUUGGCGUGGGGAUGCGCAUGAAGGCCCAGUUCAUCAUGCUGAACCACUUCAGUCAGCGCUACGCCAAGAUCCCCCUCUUCAGCCCAGACUUCAACGAGAAAGUCGGGAUUGCCUUCGACCACAUGAAGGUCUGUUUCGGAGACUUUGCCACAGUGCCCAAGCUGAUUCCCCCGCUGAAGGCCCUGUUCGCCGGGGACAUCGAGGAGAUGCAGGAGCGCAGGGAGAAGCGGGAGCUGCGGCUGGUGCGGGCGGCGCUGCUCUCCCAGGAGCGGGCGGGCAGCCCCCAGGACGGGGAGCCCCAGCAGAAACGGGCCCACACCGGGGAGCCACGCAGCCCCCAGAGCAAGAAGGUCAGGGCCUAGAGGAGGUCCAGGUACAGCCUGUGCCCUGAAGGCUGGACGUCGUCCCCUCACCCCGCCGUGGUGGGAAGAGAACUCGGCCCAGGGGGUGUGGAGCCGUGUGCUGCCCGCCGAGUCUGCCGGAUGCUUCCUGUGAAGAGAGCCUGGCCCAGCUGCAGGGCGGGAGUCUGCUCGAUGGAGGGAAGCAAGUGCUACUGUGAUUCCAAUGCAAGUCACGCGGAAACCCAGGGUGGCACCCCUCGCCUGUGCCAGCCCAGUGCUUCCCUGAGCCCACCAGAGAGACCAACAAGUGACAGGGAGCGGGCGCAAUAAAGAUGGAGUUUGGAACCUGAAUCCUUUCGCUUCAUUCUGGUGCGCCCCAGGGACCCACUGUGCCUGGGAGGUCCACUCUGAUGGCGGCGAGGACCCGUGAAGCCUGGCCAGGGGCACCCUCCCAAUCAGUGCCCUCCGAUGGGCUCAGCCUGGCACGGCGCAAGGCAUGCGUCUUCCCCAUGCUGUGGGUGAGCGUGCAGGUGCUCACCUUGCUCGCUGUAGCCUAUGAGAAUACUUGAAAGUAUAGAGAAACAUCACAGCGGCUGGCCCCUCUGCACCCCACAUUAAGACAGUUGAUUUACUAUUUAUUUAUGCAGUCUCCUCACCCAGGAGAACACGGAAAGAGCCUUGGAGACGAGAGAGGUACAAGCCGAGGACUUGGCCUGGCAGGGUGCCUUCAGGCCUCCGCGGACACAGCCCGAGACGGUAACUGUCCCCGCGGGUUCCUCAUCCAUACAAGAACAUGUGCGAGCUCAGGGAUAAUAAAUCUAUUUUA